AUGCAGCUCGACCCGCACCCGGCGGGCAGCUCGACCGUCGUGCGCGAUGAUGCGCCCGCGCCGGCCGCCCCUCGCGCGCGCCCUCCCCCCUUGGCCCUCAACGGCGCCGAGGCCCGGCCUGCACCGCCCCUCCUAGGCGCAGCCGUCCCGCCCGCUCGCAAGGGCCCGCCCAGGCUCACCCUCGGCGUCGCGUCGACCAUGGCCGCGCCGCUCGACCGCGCGAGCCCAGUUGGAGGACCCGCCCUCACGGUCCAACCCGCCUCGCCCGCCAUGUCGUCGUCGAGCACCCCGUCGACCUCGCCGUUCCCUCCGCCUGUACCGUCGACAUCCUCCCUCGACUCGGCGCAGCACCCGGCGCGCGCACCCUCGUUCCAGCCGCCGCCGUCCGCGGGCGCCAACGGCGGCGGACUCGCCGCGCGACGAGCCGCAAAGCUGGGCAAGAAGCGGCUCUCGCUCGUCGUGCCCGCCAACCCGCACUGGUCCCUCCCCUCGGCAGGACCCGACGGGCCCGCGACGACCCUCCUCUCGCCCGUCACGCCGUCCUUCCUCCGCCCCUCGACCUCGUCCAUGGACGCCGAGACGCGCUCCCUCCCUCCUUCCCCUCUCCUCCUCACGACCUUCAUCGGCGCCGAGGGCACCGAGGCCCCCGACCGCACGAUCGGCCGCCUCAUGCUCAAGCAGCAGGCCGACGAGAUGCGCGAGCAGAUGCGCGGCGGGCGCGGCAUGAAGCGCCGCACGAGCAUCCCGCGCCUCAACCUCGUUCGCGGCGGCGCAUCAGCGCAUCCCGCGAGCCUCGACCCGACGGCGCCGCCGGUUGAGCGAGUCGCGACGCCCGCAGGCGGCGGCGGCGGCGCGCCGUCGGCCGUCCAGCUCAUCCGCGGCGACGCGGUCGAGCGAGGACUCGCCGCCGACGGCGACGUCGUCGUCGAGGAGUUCCCGUACGCCAAUGGGCCGCGCGAGAUCAUCCCGGGCGUCUUCCUCGGCAGCGAGCAGAACGCCAAGGACGCCCAGGUCCUGCGCGACUGGCGCAUCGGCUUCGUCCUCAACGUCGCCAAGGAGGUCGAGUGCCCGUGGGGCGCCGACGACGAGGAGGACGCGCUCGCCGGCCCACAGGUCGCGACGCCGGGGCAGGACGGCCCGCUCUCGUCGGACCGAGGCGCCCCGAGCGGCCAAGCCCGGUCCGCAAAGCCGCAGGCGAGCCCGGCGUCGACUUUUGCCGCGUCGACGUCCCCGUACGGCGCCAACGCGACGUCGCAGCCGCCCGUCCGCCCGCCGUUCGUGCGCCCGACCGCCUCGACGCCCAACCUCCACGCCGUCUUUACCCUCCCUCCCCACCGCCUCCUGCGCCUGUCGACCUCGCCGCCUCAGCAGCCGCGCCGCCUCUCGCGCCAAUCCUUGCGCCGAUCCGGCGGCAGCACCACCUCGGCGGCGACGGCGACCGCGACGGCGCCGACGACCUCGUCCUGCCCGGGCUCGGUACGGUACGCGGCCCAGGCGCGCACAGGCCGGCCCGCGCUCGAGUACCUGUGGCUCAAGUGGGGCCACGACGAGGCCGACCUCGUCGAGGCGCACAAGUUCCAGGCCGCGUUCGCGUUCCUCGACUCGGCGCGCGACAAGGGUGAGCGCGUCCUCGUCCACUGCCAGUGCGGCGUCAGUCGCAGCGCGACCGUCGUCAUCGCGUACUGCAUGCGCGAGGCGGCGAGGGCGCUCGCCGAAGGCCGCGAGUCGGACGAGCUCGCCGGCUGUACGGGCAUGCACGACACUUACUCGUUCGUCAAGGAGAAGAGCGAGUGGGUCGGCCCCAACCUGUCGCUCGUCUUCCAGCUCGUCGCGUACGAGCGCACGCUGCGGGGCGACAGCGCGAGCGGCGAGGAGGGCGACGAGCCACCGUAUCCGCAUUAUCCGCCCGAGCCAACGUCCGCCCGUCCUGCCGACGACGACGACCUUCCGCCGCCGACGCCCGCCGUCGGCUUCAGCCCGUUCGCCUUCCCUGCUCCCCCUCCUCCCGUAUCGCGCUCCACCUCGUACGGCAUGCCCAGCAUCAACGGCCACGGCAGCACCGCAUUGUCGAGCCCGCGCACGCCGUCCCCGCCCCAUCCGGCGUCGCAGCUCUCGACGCCCGACCUCGCCCACCACGACCCGCUCGUCUCGCCGAGCCUGAGCACCGCGACCAAGGCCUCGUCGGUCACGUCGACGCCGGGCUCGACGGUCGGUCGGCGAGGGCUGUCGCCGCAAGAGGUGCGCAUCGUGCGCGGCGCGGACGAGGGCGAGGACGAGUUGGCGGCGUCGGCUGCUCGCGCCUCGCGCACGUCGGGCGAGUCGCUCGGAGCGCCCGAGGUGGGCAAGGCCGUCCCGUUCGGCGCCUUUGCCGUGCCGACGCCGCCGCCGUCGCACUACACCGCCGGCCUCGAGGACGCCGCGUCGCCGACGACGGCGCUGUACCCGCCGGGCGUGCCCCAACACGACGCAUCUGGCGGCGCGGCACAGCAGAGCGGGCGCAGCCACUUUGCGCCGCCUCUGCGCACGUCGUCUUUGCGCGCCGCCCUCCCGCCGCUCCAGGUCCACCUCCCGUCACCGCCCUCGUCCGCACCGCGCCACUCGAGCCCGAUCACGAUGGUCGUCAACUCUCCGUCGUCGCCCGCACCGCCUCGGCAGCUCCCUCCCCUCCAGCUGUCCCGCCCGCGUCCGACGAUCGCGACCGUCACGUCGCCUCUCUCGCCCGCGUCCAACGCCUCGGUCACCUCGCCGACGGCCAUCCUCUCGGCCCUCAGCCUGAGUAGCAGCUCGGGCUCGUCGGCGUCGCUCGCGGCGCCCCUGUCGGCCCUCUCGCGCACCAACUCGACGAGCUCGCAGACCGGGCGCCGCUUUGGCAUGAGCCAGACGGCGCUCGAGCGCCGCGCGAGCCACCGGCGCGUGUGCAGCGACACGAUCCGCGUGCCCGUUGCGGGGCUCGCGGCGGCGGUCGGGAGCCCGGGCGGGUCGAGGCCGGCGUCGCCGGCGCAGAUGGGAGGCGGGUCUCGGGCGGCGCGAGCGGACGAGCAGCAGGGCUAGCCUCGCGAGGCUCACGCCGUUCCCUCUCUUUGCUCCUCGUCCCCUGUCGUCUUUAUCUCCGUAGCGUCCCUCUCCACCUUGUGCCCCUCGGUCGCCCUCUCGUGCUCGCCUCCUCCUCCCAUCUUGCGCCGUAGACCUCGCUGGCCGAGCGUCUCGUUCCGGUCCUUUCUCCUCUCGUCCUCCCUUACCAUGCAGUUUUCCGUGCAUCUCUCCUCAUCGUUCUCUC